GCAGAGUCGUAGCAACUCUGUCCAUUCUCAUUAACUCGGCCACAGUGUUUUGAGUUGCGCCGUGCUAUAUCUGUGUGAUCCGUCCUCACGCCACCGAAAAGACAAUAAGGUAAGAUGAACGUGUUCCAUUACCGCCAUGCUCCCCCACCGCUUCAAAUGUGUUCUACAGUUGGGUGUGCCGACACAUGCAAGAGACCACCGCAGCUUAUCAUUCCAAAGAUACCGCUAAGAAUUAUGGGAAUACCCCGACUACCCGAACGACCACCAUUGCCGGCGCCGGCAAUCACAAAACAUCUUCAAGUUGGCGAAGUCGACAAAACCUUCGAGGAACAUCUGUUCGAGCUGAUACGUCGACGGGUCAUGUACACACGUGGCAAAAUAAGCAGCCACUACAAAUGUGAAGGAUGCGAGAAAAGUUUCACCAAUUUGUCGACAUUGACUCGGCAUCGACGAAUCCAUACCGGCGAGCGGCCAUACCAAUGCGACGUUUGUGAGAAGGCCUUCACCCGGUUAGAUUAUCUUCAAGCCCAUCGCCGCAUCCACAGCAAGGAGAAGCCAUACAGAUGCAAUAUUUGCGAAAAGACUUUUACCAAUCCUUCGAAUUUGCAACGCCAUUCCAGAACUCAUACAGGUGAGCGGCCGUACAAGUGCGACGCCUGCGACAAGACGUUCACUCAACCAGCACACUUACGAUCACACCGAAGAAUACAUAACGGCGAGAAGCCUUACACUUGCAAAAUGUGUGAGAAGACCUUCACGUUUCCGUCUAACUUGCAACGGCACUGGAAAAUCCACACAGGGGAACGUCCUUACCAAUGCGAUGUUUGCGGGAAAAAGUUUAUUCAACUGGCCCACCUGCAGUCGCACACGCGAAUUCAUACCGGAGAGAAACCACUGCAGUGCGACCUCUGCGGUAAACGAUUUGCCCACUACGGCUCGCUAAAAUACCACAAAACGAAACACGGCAGUGCAUGUACAACGCGGCCCAUUCAAAAUACGGCGUUUGACAAAGAAAUUGACGACGAACAUGAAGCAGAUGAGCACAGAAUGGAAGACGAUAUCGACGUGGAGGAAGAUUAGACGUUACGUGUAGAUAUUAAAACCGCGCCCCUGUGCUGUCAAAUCCAUACAUCUGAACUAAAUAGAGAUGACGGUCCACGCGAUGUGCAGUUAUUCUGCUUUCAAUCCCACCCAAUUCAAUAUAAACAUCAAUUAUAUACAA